UAAACGUUAUUCGCAGUCAACCUUUGGAGCCAGCUGCAGACUGCAUUCCUGAAGACGCUGAGGACCUCUGUAUAUAAUAAAAAAUACAAAUGCCCAACAAAUGCGUUGCUUAUGGCUGUGGGAAGUUCAGCGGGCAAAAUGUCUCAAUGUUCAGAUUUCCCAAAGACCCCGUGGAGUUCCGCAAAUGGGAGAAUCAGGUCCAGAAGACCCGCAAAACUUGGGUCGCCAAGACGUACUCCCAUUUAUGCUCUGAGCACUUCAGCAGGGACUGCUUUGAUCCGAAGUCUUAUGCCGUUGCAAAAACAAUGGGAUUCAAAGGGCUGAGACUGAAGGAGGGAGCUGUCCCGACUGUUUUUAUCCGACCACCGUGCAGUACGAGAAGGAAACGCAGAGUGACCACUGAACCUCAACAGUUUGCAUCAGACGAGACAUUUAUGGAUGACAAUCAGAACAAUGGAGAAGAGCAAAUAUUUGAUGGAGCAGACCACAAUCAGCCGAUUUCCAGCGAUGACGGAGUAAAUAAUCCUGUGACACUUUCUUCUCCGGCAGAAAAUGAUGGAAUAGUUAAAUGUGAAAUGUGUGGAACCAGUGGCACUACAAACACCUUCUUCUCCAGGUCCAAGCGCUUCUGCAGUUUGUCCUGCUCACGUUCAUACUCAUCCAACUCCAGAAAAGCCUCAAUUCUUGCACGGCUCCAGGGAAGGCCGCCCACAAGGAAGUCAUCACACAAACUGUGUCUGAAAUCACAGACCGAGGCUCUGCAGUCAAAGGCCACUGAGCAGCAUCAGGAGAGCAGAGCAUUUGGACAAGAUGCUACUUUGGCUGGAUUUGACUGGGGUAGUUACCUUGAGAAAAGUGGCCUCCUCGCUGCUCCUGUAUCUUGCUUCAGACACGCACCACUCUGCGCUCAAUGGGACGACAUCUAUGUGGGGUUAAAAGUGGAGGUUUUGAACACCCAUACAGCCUUGCCUAGUAAGGUGUACUGGAUCGCCACUGUUGUACAGCUGACAGGCUAUAAGGCUCUUCUGCGCUAUGAGGGUUUUGAGGAUGAUGACAGCCAUGACCUGUGGUGUAACAUAGGCACGGCUGAUGUUCAUCCUAUAGGCUGGUGUGCAGUGAAUAGCAAGCUCCUGGUCCCUCCUCAAGAGGUCCACCAGCAUAUUAAAGACUGGAAAUCCUACCUGAUGGAGAGACUAGUUGGAGCACACACACUUCCUGUUGACUUUCAUGUCAAGAUGGCAGACAGUUUGAGGUGUGCGUUCAGACAGGGGGUUCGCGUGGAGGUGGUUGAUCGCUCGCAGGUGUGCCGUACCCGUUUGGCAGUGGUGGAUACUGUCAUAGGAGGGCGACUCAGACUGCUGUAUGAGGAUGGGGGACUGGGACCCUCGGGCGAGGUGCUCUCAGAUUUCUGGUGUCACACGCAGAGUCCUCUAGUACACCCUGUAGGCUGGUCUGAAAGAGUGGGGCACUCAAUCAAAGAAACAGAUGUGAAUGUCAACAUGGGUAGCCAUCCAGCAUUUCGUAAAGUCCUUCAAAACAGUGUGCCAGAUCAGUUUAAGAAGUUGAGGACCGUUUAUUUGGGAAAUACGUUUUUUGAGGAAGGCAUGAAACUUGAAGCAGUUGAUCCUCUGAACCUUGGGAACAUCUGCGUUGCAUCAGUCCGUAAGUUGUUGCUGGAUGGAUACAUUAUGGUAGGCAUUGAUGGUGUCGAGAUCGGUGACGGUUCUGACUGGUUUUGCUACCAUGCCAGCUCACAUGCCAUUUUACCUGUUGGAUAUUGCGAGAGCAACGACAUCCCUCUUACUCUACCUCCUGGUUAUGAUCAUGCUACUUUCACAUGGGCAAAAUAUUUAGAAGAAACAGGAACUCUAGCUGCUCCACGAAGACUUUUCAACACGGAUGAUGUAGGCCACGGCUUUACCCCAGGUAUGAAGCUAGAGGCAGUGGACCUCAUGGAGCCCCGGCUGGUGUGUGUGGCCACUGUUAGGCGCUGCGUAGGCCGGCUUCUCCUUCUCCACUUUGAUGGCUGGGAGCCUGAGUUUGAUCAGUGGGUAGACUGUCAGUCCCCUGAAAUUUACCCCGUGGGCUGGUGUGAAAUCACUGGCUACCAGCUGCAGCCACCCAUCGGACCAGAACCACCUCAGGGUCAGGAACGCUCGAACACAAGCAAAAAGGCAAAACCUUUUUUGGGGAAAAGGAGACGAAGAUUUGUAAAGAAAAACACAAAUAAAUGCACAUCUAAAACCCAGCCUACUCAGCGUAAUGAGAAUCCAGAGACGAAUCGACCACAAGAGGCACCAAACGUCACAAAUCAACAACAAGAAGCAGGCAAACCCUUCGUCACAGCCCCCAUCUUACAAAUAAAGGCUGAACCUGAGGAUGAAAUUAUUGCAGUAAAAGUGAAGGUGGAGGAAAUGGAAACCCCCAUAUUAUCCAGUGAACAAAGCAAAGAAAGCACCAACCCAGCAGCUUUAACAAUCUUCAAACAGGAAGACGUCUCGGUUUAACCCACCACCUGUAGUUCCCAGUGAUCACUACUUAAACACUGGUAGUUAUUUAAUUAACCAAACUGUUAGUGUAAAACAACAGGUAUAGUUGAGCGAUAUUGUUAUUUUUAUACAGUGCACAUUUUCUGCAAUCUUGUAUUAAAAUGACAUAAGUUGUGUUAA